AUGACGCAGCCGCGGGAGACGUUCCCACCGCAGGGGAUCACAGACGAUCUCUUCGACUUCUUGCAAGAGAUCCAUGUCCAUUUGGCGUAUGAUCCUGGCAACAGAAAUGCGUUAUUCGACCUCUUCACGGACUUCGGCAAGCCCGAGAUCACCGACGACGAGCGCGUCUCGGCCCGAGCGGUGCAUCUCCUCCGGGGCCAUCCUCAUCUCGUUGCCCGGUUCCAUGGCUUGGUCGACCCUGUGCGUCAAGGUUUGGAUCUCGUAAAACGGGCGGAGAAGGCGUUGAGACCGGCGGACUACGAUCGAUUUGUCGCAACGCUAUACAGCGUCAACUUGGAACGAAGCCUCGACGCUCAUGAAGUUUACCAAGAGUUCAAGGACAUCUUCGGCGAGAAGCACGACGACCUGCUCCGGGGUUUAGCCGCCUUCCUGCCAGCGAAAUACGGCCCGCCGCCGCCAUCUCGCGCUAGCGCAAAGGCGGAGCCGGAAGAGAACCGCCGGAGGCCGGAACGCAAGCACUCCUCUUACGCUGGCGCAGAUGCACCCGAGAGCAGCCGGCCGAGCAGGGCCAAGAAACCCCGCGUCGUCGACGUCGGCCCGACGCCCGAGCCCAUCUGUUUCGCUGACACGGGCACAGCCGGGAGUAGCAUGCCGAGCAGGGCGAGGAGAUCUCGCAUGUACGAGCACGAGCACGAGUACGAGUACGACGGCUCGUUGCCGGAACGCAAACCCGCCUCGUGCGCCGUUUCAGUCGCGGACGACAACAAGAGCAGCAGGCCGAGCAGGGCCAAGAAACCUCGCGCGGACGACAGCAUGAACCGGCACGCUCUUAUAGGCGGCGCGGCGGGAGGCUCUGUCCAUGUGGGCGCGGCGCCGGCACCGGCGCCUGACGCCAUCGUCAGAGAGGUGAAGAGGUUGAGGGAGGCCUGGGAGUUCGAGACCGGCUACUCGUUGCUGGAUGCUACGUUGAAGCGCGCGGUGGAGGUGAAGGAUGAACGCGAACGCCUGAACGGUGCCCGGGUUUCCCUGGAUGAGCUCUUCCCGAGUCCCGAGAUCCGAGGAUACCUCGCCAAGAUGUAUCACGGCAAAUGGAAUCAUAUGCGACAGUUGCUGGAGCACGGCGGCGAUCACACUGCCUUCGCUUUGGAGGCCAUCGUGAAAAGACUGACGACGAAAGAUGCCGAGGCCGUCGAUGAAGCAAGAAGGAGGCAGGAUCCCACACGAGCUGCCCAGAGACUGCAGGAGCUCGCCCAGGACAGAGUGCGUUUGGAGCGCGAGAGGGUGCGUGAGACCAACGAGGCGAACGAGCAGCGGCGACAGCCGCCAGCGGAUACUGCAAAUUUUAUGAAUUUUAUGGGUUUGUGUGCCACACAUUCCUCUGACACUAUCUUAAGUAGUUUCGUCCGCCGAGGCAUGUCGACAAGUACAACGGUGAGAUGGAGCCUAAGCCAGUGUCUUGAGGACUACCGACUUGCGAUGAGAGUUGGAGAGGGUGGACGACAAACCUUUAGUGCUCCCUUGGAGAUCAAGGAAGCUAGAGAGAACCCCAAACUUUGCAUGCCCCGCCCUCCGGAUAGGCGGAAUAAGGACGAUCAAGGGAACCCUUAG